GUAAAGUUCUGUUCUUGGCUGGAAGACAAAGCCAAUAUGAGAAAGGGAAGAAACAUAAGCUAAGUUCUUGGCUAGUCUUUUGAAUAGAAAGAGAAAGCUCUCAUAGUCAUAUCCAAUGCUCGUUUGUAAGCUCUUCAGAAUUUUUGCAGAACCAGAAGCUUUCUGACAUCCAGACAUGAGUAAAGAGGUUGCCAAUUUAGAGAAAGCUUUGUGGGAAUCAGUCCAGGCAAAAGGACUUCUCCAUCCAGACGUUCAAAGAUUGUACCGUUCAGUUUGUAGAUGUUAUGAAAAACUCAUUUUGGACAAUCAAGAAGGUGUCGAGCUUCGGGACAUUGAGUAUGAGUUGUGGAAGGUUCAUUACAGACAUAUCUUCGAAUUUCGUAAGAUGGUUGCUAAAGAAGUUAUGGAAAGAUUCAAUCUUUUUCUAUCAGAAGCCAUGGAAUUUUACCAAGGUUUGAUCAUAAAGCUGAAGAAGAAGAAGCCAUGGAAGAAUUCUUCUUCUAUUCUCUACUUGUGCCACAGGCUCUUCGUCUGUUUGGGCGAUUUAGCUCGAUACAAAACAAUGAAUCCCGAUUGGUCAAUUUCUGCUUUUUAUUACUUCAAAGCGAUCAAUUGUUGGCCAGACAGUGGAAAUCCUCACAACCAGCUUGCUUUACUCGCCACCUAUAUGGAGGACGAUUUCCUUACUUUGUAUCAUUGUGUCAGAAGUUUAGCCGUUAAAGAACCAUUCCCAGAUGCUAGGAAUAACCUUAUUCUCCCAUUUCAAACGAACAUGUCGUCCCUUUUACCAUCACUAUCUGAGGCAGCUCGGUUCAAUUUCUUUACUCCGUCGGAAAGAUGUUCGUCGGAAACUGAAACUACUUCUAGAAGCACACUCUGGCCUCUAUUUGUCAGAACAAUGAGCUUCUUCUUCGUUCAGUCAAGAAUUGAAGACUUCGAUUGGACAUUCGCAUCCACCGUGAAAGAGUUGGAUUCAUUGCUGAAACUAAACAAUUCGAGUUUGAGAGAUUCGUUAGAAUCUUAUCAAUACAUAGGAGGAGGAUCAGAUCAGGAAAGGAAAGGACCUUACAGAUCGCUUCAGAUGGUCUGCAUCUUGAUCUUCGUGGUUUCCGACAGCCUCAACAACGAAUCAGAUUUAGUUUGUUUCUCGUUGAUCGUUAUUUUUGUUGUAAUGGGAAGGUUCGUGGAGAGAUGUGUGCAUGGGAAGAAUAAGCUUGAAGAUUGCCCUCUUUUGCCGGCUGUUCUUGUUGUGGUUGAGUGGUUGGUUUUCAUGAUGAAACUAGUAGAGAAGCAUUCAAAUGAUAAAAGGGUUAAUUGUUCGAUAUCGUACUUCUUUGACUCCUUGGUUGAGCUUCUUAACUUAAUUGAUAGCAAUGUCUGUUUUAAUGAUAGAAAUGCUCUGUGGGAAGAUUACGAGUUGAGGGGAUUUACUCCGAUUUCCAAAUCACACGAAAGGCUAGAUUUUGUGGAUGAUCGGACAACUCUGAUUACUCCCUAUAAUGGCUAUGAGUCACGUGCUGGUCGGAUUCUUGUUUCAGGGAAGAGAAUUGCAGAUGAAUCAAAAAUUAGUUCUACCAAAUGGAUAUGUUAUGAUGAAACGGGAAGAAAGUUCUAUAGAACAGAGGUGAAACAAAUUGCGAAUAAUAUCAAAGUGAUUGCAGCUGAAGAGGAGGAAGUGAUUCUAUUCAAGCCGAUCACUAGGUUAAACUCAGCGCCACCAUUUUCCAAGGCGGAAUCUAGCUCCGAUGAUGACCUGCGACGAGCAGUGUCACUUUCAAAGCAGAUUCCAGUGCAAUUUGAUCGAGAAACUACAAAUAUCGAAAAUUGCAGGCCUAAUUUGAAGGAGAAUUCAGCAUACACAGCUGGGCCUCCUUCUCUAAGCUCAUGGGUUAUCAACGAUGGAUGUUUUCAAAUCGAAAAAGGGAAAGAACUUUACAAACCUGGAUUAAGCACUAUCGAGGAACCCCCCUUCCGUCAUCCACCGCCGCCAAUACCCUCCGCUCCGUUUAUACCAGAUGACGCUGUUUGGUUCAAUGUCGGUUGUUCUAAGAACCCAGGAAUAGUUAAGGAUACAAGUGGCAUACUCGGCCCAUCUCCAAUGAUAAACCAGACAGCAAAUUGGCCGAUUGCACAUUUGCCUUCAACUUUCAACCCACCGCCAUUGAUCGAGGGAUUCCCGCCGGUUAUCGGAUUGAGUUCUUCGGAAUGGCUAAGGCAGUACAGGAACAGGCAAAAUCUGGAGCAGGGGAGCAAUGUGGUUUGGCCAGUUCAUCAUCUUUAUACAAAUGGGCUCGGUGAAUAUUACGCCCUAGAUGGUUCAAAAUUAGGUUUCUGCGACGGAUGGGGGAAUCCUGUGAGCCCUAGCCAGAUGGUGUAUUUGGGAAACCCGCAGAACCAGAGUGGUUCUUUAAUCUACGGCGUGGAAGAACAGAGAAGGGAGAAACAGAUUAACGGUUAUCAACGGGCGAUUCCUUAUGGAUGUGGCGCACCGACGGCGGAGGUUAAGACGGACGAGCAGCAGCAGCAUCUUCUUCAGUACCUAAAAGAGAAAGAAUGGCAGCUUCAUAGACAAGGCCAACUUUAG